GAAACACACAAAAACGUACUUCCUCAACUGAUUCACUGCGCAAAACCACACCAUAAGUUACGUACGCCACAGCGAAGAGAGAAAAAACGGCUUCCUCGUGAGCACUAACUCCUCUCACUCUUUCCGAAGGUGGUUGAGGGAAGAAGAUGACGUCUGACGGUGCGACGUCGACGUCAGCAGCAGCAGCAGCGUUGGCGACGAGGAGGAAGCCGUCUUGGAGAGAGAGGGAGAACAACAGGAGGAGGGAGAGGAGGAGAAGAGCCGUAGCUGCGAAGAUCUAUAACGGUCUUAGAGCUCAAGGUAACUACAAUCUCCCCAAGCACUGCGACAACAAUGAAGUCCUCAAGGCUCUUUGUUCCGAAGCUGGUUGGGUGGUUGAAGAAGACGGAACCACUUAUCGCAAGGGACAUAAGCCUCUGCCUGGUGACAUAGCUGGAUCAUCCUCUCGAGCCACUCCUUACUCUUCUUCUUAUAACCAAAGCCCUUUCGAGAGUCCCAUCCUUUCUUACCAAGUCAGUCCAUCGUCUUCUUCAUUCCCUAGCCCUUCUCGUGGCGACAACAUCUCCACUAUCUUCCCUUUCCUCAGGAACGGUGGGAUCCCUUCGUCGCUUCCUCCUCUCAGAAUCUCAAACAGUGCUCCCGUCACUCCACCUGUCUCUUCCCCAACUAAUAAACACCCCAAGCCGUUACCUACUUGGGAGUCUUUUACCAAACAGUCCAUGGCCAUUGCUGCUAAACAGUCAAUGUCUUCUUUUAAGUACCCGUUCUACGCGGUUUCUGCGCCCGCGAGUCCCACUCAUCAUCGCCAGUUCAAUGCACCGGCUACUAUACCUGAGUGCGAUGAGUCUGACGCUUCAACUGUUGAUUCUGGUCAUUGGAUAAGCUUUCAGAAGUUCUCACAACAGCAACAGCCGUUCCAUGGGGUGUCGUCUGCAGUGCCGGCUUCUCCUACCUUCAACCUAGUGAAACCACCAGUGCCUCAGCGGCUAUCUCCAAACACUGCGGGAAUCCAAGAGAUUGGUCAAAGCUCGGAAUUCAAAUUUGAGAACAGGCAAGUUACGCCUUGGGAAGGGGAGAGGAUCCAUGAUGUGGCUAUGGAGGAUCUUGAGCUCACACUUGGAAACGCUAAAGGUCGUUAGUUGAUAUAUGAAGAACAAAAGGACCCGUUGUGGCUUGUCGGGAGAAAAAGGUUGAGGAGUGUUAGUGUGUUGUUCAGUUCAUGGUUUUGGUUCUUGUACUAGAAUCCUUAUUCAUAGUACCAGUAAGAGUUUGUUUCACAUUGCAUUAUUUUGUAGAUAGACUGUGUAAGAUGUAUGUUUCUAUUAUGUAUCAUUAUUCCUUUUAGAGUCUUGUAAGACAUUAAAAAUUAUUUUAUUAUGAAGUGGCUUGAGCU